AUGAGUGUCAACAUCAACAUGGAGUCACCGCCCAAAGAGCCCGACUGUGCUCACGUGGCAUCACCCCCCUCUUUGCCAGGCGACGCCAUCCUUGUCUGUGGGACGGAUAAUAUGGCCAAGAAUCCUCGGCCUCAGACGCACACCACCACAGCUUUGCUCCUCCCAGCUCCAGCUCCAGGCCAUCAAAAAGUGGAGCUAGCACCAACUUUGGCAGUGACUGACCCCAACAAAGGAGGCAGGGUCACUGAAACGGUCAAACCCACUUUGACAGCACAGGUAGCUGGGGCUUGUAGCAUCGUCCACGUCCUCGAAUGGAAGGAAGGAAUGGCCAUCCUGCCCGGGAGUAACCUCAAGUUCUGUGUUAGUGAUGUAGGAGCUCUGAGUACAUUAAUCACUCCGGCAGCAACUUCCAGCACCAAUAAUGAACCUGCAGCAGGGACUUCGGGUAGAUUAAUCAAAGCAGAAAGCGCUCCAUCGGAAAAGCAUGACAUGUCAACUCCUGUGGUGUCAGUGAGUGGGACUGGUAUGGAGCCAGAGAAGUUACUUCAGGUUAAAUCUGAUGUCCAGAUGGGACCAGGCCAGCAGAACCAUCAUCCUAAAGCUCAGAGGAUUUACACAGAGGAACUACGCAGAGACUCCAUGGUGGACAAGAGGAGUGUUGGAGUCGAGAAGGUCCCAGCCGGUGCAAGGGUCUCAUCUUUAAAUGUUGAUCAGCUGAAACCCAUGAAAAAGCGGAAGAGGAAGGAAUAUCUAGGACCAUCUGAUGAAGACUCUGACGUUGAGGGCAUGGAUGACAAAAUGGAAGACCUGAAAGCAGAUGGCAGAUAUAUCAGAGGAGGUGGAGACAUGAGGACGGAGCCGUGGACGUGGACUCAAUAUCUGCAAGAAACCAAAACUAUCGCUGCUCCUGAAAAUCUUUUCCAAGAGACUCAACGACCACCAACAGUGAAAAACGAAUUUAAACAGGGGAUGAAGCUGGAGGGUAUCGACCCUCAGCACCCGUCCAUGUACUUUGUUCUUACUGUGGCCGAGGUGUGUGGCUACCGUCUGCGUCUCCAUUUUGAUGGCUACUCUGACUGCCACGACUUCUGGGUGAAUGCCAACUCACCUGAUGUGCAUCCUGCAGGCUGGUGUGAGAGCACAGGACACAAACUGCACACUCCCAAAGGUUGUAAAGAAGAAGAGUUUACGUGGACCAACUACCUAAGAAUGACUAAAGCACAAGUGGCCCCCAAAGAGCUGUUUGCCAGUCCUGGAAGGAUCGACACCAUGAGUGACUUCGAAAUAGGGAUGAAACUGGAAGCUGUUGAUCGUAUGAACCCCUCCCUCAUCUGUGUAGCAACCAUUACUGACGCCGUGGAUGACCGCUUCCUGGUGCACUUUGACAAUUGGGAUGACACAUAUGACUAUUGGUGUGAUGCCACCAGUCCAUACAUCCAUCCUAUUGGUUGGUGCAACGAGAGAAGUUUGCCUUUAACGCCACCCCAAGAUUAUCCUGACCAGGCAGCAUUCAACUGGUCCCGCUACCUGCAUGAGACUUGUUCUAAGGCAGUGGCAGCUGAGUCAUUUAAAACGCGUCCACCUCACAGCUUCCUGCCUCAGAUGAAAUUGGAGGCUGUGGACAAGAGGAGUCCUGGUCUCAUCAGAGUGGCAACAGUGGAGGAAGUGGAGACUCAUCGCAUUAAGAUCCACUAUGACGGAUGGAGUCACAUAUAUGACGAGUGGAUGGACUCGGAUCACCCUGACAUCCAUCCUGCUGGCUGGUGUGAGGCCACCGGUCACCCGCUCAAAGUCCCGCCACAUGAAGCCAAAGCACAGCAGACACACGGUCCGAGAGAGCCUCCCACUUUGGCCCAAUCCUCUUACCCACCUUCUGUUUCCUGUAAACCCAUCAGCCACACCAGAACCAACAAGUACAGCUUCCACAACAAAAAGUGUCCAACUCCAGGUUGUGACGGUUCAGGCCACGUAACCGGUCGCUUCACGGCCCAUCACUGUGUUUCUGGCUGCCCGUUAGCCGAGCGCAACCAAGGCAGGCUCAAGGUGGAGCUCUCAGACUCUGAGAGCAAGAGGAGCCUCUUUUUUGGCCAGAGGACCAAGAAGACACAUUAUCGUGGCAGGAUUGGACGGCCACCCAAAUAUAGGAAGAACCAGCAGAGAGACUAUCAGAACAUGUCAUCUGAGUGCGUCUACCCGUCAUUGUUUGUGUCGGCUCUGAGUGGUCAAUCAGACCGCACACUGUCUCUGUGCUGGGAGCAACACUGUAAACUGCUGCCCGGCGUCCUCGGCAUUCCUGCUAGUCAGGUGGCGACAUGGAGUGUGGAGGAGGUCUUCACUUUUGUGCAUAAUCUAAUUGGCUGCGAAGAUCAAGCCCGUCUUUUUAAAGAAGAGAUGAUUGACGGCGAGGCCUUCCUGCUACUGACUCAGGCCGACAUCGUGAAGAUUAUGAGCAUCAAACUCGGUCCCGCUCUGAAGAUCUCCAACGCCAUCCUCAUGUUUAAAAGCACGGACGAGUCCCUGAAAUGA